GUAAAUGAAUGGAGUUUUAUUGCGUUUGGACUAUAUACCUUUACAUUAUAUUCAAAAAGCAUUAUGUAGGCUAAAAAUAAAUUAUAAAACAGCCAAAAAUGUUGCGAUUUGCAAUGAAAACUCGAUUCGAUAGAUAUCAAUAGAUGGGCAGCCUUUAGAAUCUUCCAAAAGUAUAUAUUAGCAAGCGGAUUUAAGUCGAGCACUACUUCGAGUUUCAAUGGUAGGAAAUAAGACGGGUGCGGGCUUGCGAGUUUUAGGAGUUUUGGUAGUAGUGUUACGAACAAAAGGCACGAUUAAAACAGUCGAUUCGCUUGCACUGUGUGAUCUGUUUUUGGCACGACGCGGCAGGGGAAGCGAGACAGAAGCAGAUGGUAUAGGUGCUAUGGCGGGUUUGGGAUGAUUGCUGGCCAAGACUCUAACUGGCUUGGUUCUAUUAGGCAUCGAUUUCACAGGUACGCCAUGAUCGGUUCCAAAAUGAUGACAAGUAUUAGCCACGUCAGAAGCAUCAGACCGUAUAACAAGUGAAGAGUAAGAAUUGACAGUCGAGGCAACAGUGGUGGUCGAAGUAGUGAUGGAAGCAGUCAUUAAAUUAGAAGAAAGACAGUUUUCUUUGUCUUGAGAAAGCAAUUCGUUGUAUGAUUCUUCGGAUGAUACAGUGGACGUGUUUGACAUGACAGAGUAAGGAGAACUUGAACGCACUAUUGAAACAGACGAUGAUAUGUUGCACAGUAUGUC